GUAUGUUACGGAUGGAGUGGGGCUCUGAAAGUGACAGCUCUCCAGUUUGUCUCCCUUAUAGUUCAAGCUACAAUUGUUGGGUUUUCCUCCACAACAUUCACUGGCACCGAGACAAGUGAUGUUGCCGUAUGUAUCAAAGUUUUUAACCCUCCUUAUGGUGGCGCCGCCCAACCAUUUGAUGUGAUUUUUCUUACAGCAGAAGGUGCUUCCAACCCACAGCAAAAGGUCGAAUGUACCGAGUUUGAAUUUAAACAAGGGGCAUCUGUGAAGUGUCAUAUCUGCAAAAUUGUCCAAGACGACGUGUGUAACAUAAAGGAAAACGCCACAGUUUCUGAGCUCAUCCUCAGUCUACCAUCCGCUAAUACAUCUAGUGGUAGACUUAUUGUCUACGAGUCACGAUCUAAGACUAACAUCACUGUUGAUGACAGCAGAGAGCCAGAAUGUUAUGUGACAGUUGGAUAUGAGUACUCAAACUAUACCAUAUCGGAAGCGAGAGGUUACGAGGAGCUUUGUGUCACUGGCUUCUCUCCUGGAAUCGAUGAAGAUUUCACAAUCAGUAUCAUCAUACCCUAUUCGGUGGAUCUCUUCCAAAUGACUUCAAAUGGACUUAAUUUCGUUGGUACUACGUUGAAAAAGACGUGCUAUGAGACCAAUUUUACAUUUGGUGUCGAUAAUGUGUGUGCAGGUUUCAACUGCCGCUCAUUAGAGUUUGAAUCAACACUAACCAAAGUUGAUGAAACCGCUCGAGUGUAUAUCACCAGGGCAACCACUUUGAUAGUCAUUGAACUGCCAGAGAGGUGCAAAUGUAGAAAUGACACUCUCUCACCACCAAAUGACGGAAGUGUAACAACCGCAGCUACCACAAUUCCUCUCCUGGUAAUAGUGAUUGUUGUUCUGGUGCUUAUCAUCCUCUGCUAUAGAAAGUGCAAGAAGAUACAUCUUGACAAGAUUCAUCAGCGUGCAGUUCGUGAAAAUCUUCGAAACAUAUUUUCCGACGAUGGAGUUGAGAUGGGCAGUACCACAUGUCAAGGAUUAAUCAGGUCAACUAAGCAAUACAUUUUCUCAGCACUUUUCUCCAAGAUUGAUGUGGAGCAACUGGUAAAGGAAGUGUCUACAAUGUUGUCACUGGAGCACACUAAUGUCAUGUCUCUACGUGGAGUGUGUGUGGCCGUGGACAGUCCCCUGCUGAUAAUGCCCUUCAUGACCAAUGGAUCUGUCCUGGAGUUUGUCAAACACCACAAAGAUUCACUCCUUUGCAUUUCAAUGGAAUCAAAGGUUGAACAAGCCAGAAAGAGGUUAUUGAAAAUCUGUCACCACAUCUCGAAGGGCAUGGAGUAUCUGGCAUUGCAGAGAUUUGUUCAUCGUGACCUGGCAGCAAGGAACUGCAUGAUUGACCACAAUGGAGUGAUCAAAGUGGCCGAUUUUGGGCUUACAGAAGACAUGUAUGGUGCCAACUACUUCCGUCAGCAGGAGAGGGGAGAGGGUGAGGAUGAGGAGAAGGUACCCAUCAAGUGGAUGGCUCCUGAGAGUUUGGAAGAAGGCAUCUUCACCGAGGCCACAGACGUGUGGUCAUUUGGAGUGACGGUGUGGGAGAUCUUCACUUGUGGGAGGAUCCCAUACACUGGUAUUCCACCCAUGGGUCUCCUGAAGGCGAUAAGAGCAGGUAGGAGACUGGAGAGACCUGAGAACGAUGCCUGCCCGGACGAAGUGUAUGACAUAAUGAAGAGUUGCUGGUCCCUGGGGCCCAAGGGUCGUCCGACGUUCCAGCAUUUGGUGGGCAUGCUCAGCAGGCUCCUGGAGAUGUUUUCAGACUAUCUGGACCUGAGUCAAGCGUCGAAGCAACUGGAGCUGUCUCAGUCUCUAUGCUGGAAAGAGGGCGUCCACACCUCUGCUGCUGCUCUUCCUGUCAUUAGGGAACAAGACGCUGAGGAUGAAACUGAGGAUUUAUUUUGAAGCCAGCAUAUUAUUAUUAUUAUUCUAUUGUGACUUGUUAACUGCUCUACGCAUAAUAUAUACAUUUACAGUUCAUGGUAUUAUCACCAGUA